UCAUCACAACACUACAGGAAGACUGCGGACACCAAUUAAUCCAGGUUGUUAUGGAGCUGUGGACUAUCAAUGAUUACCAGAACUUUGUAUUAUUCUGCCUCUCUGUACCUUGACCUGAGCUCAGGUAUUUAGAGGGAAUUCGCAGUGGUUUGCUGGCAGACCUCAGUUAAACUUUCUUUUGGUUCAUCACCACUACUGUAUGUUUGUGGAUCAGAGGCUGGUCUAGCUGAGACCAUGUCUGAGGAGGCAAAUUCAGUUGAGUUGAAGAAGACAGGGGUGGAGAACAAUGGUUUUGUUGCAGAUCAGGGGUCUGAAGAACAUGCAAUAUCAGACAGCAGGAAAAACAGCCAGACUGAAGACCAAGUCUUCGCAAUUAAAUUGGAUUCUUUUGAAGACCAAAUCCCCCUGAAGCCGUAUGCCGGGAUGUCUAAAGAGGUUCUACUACAGUUUUCAAAUCAACCAUGUUAUAAAAUUACCCGAGAGAUUCUCUUCUGGCUUAUCAUCGUAGCAACACUAGCGAUAAUAGCAGCCUGCAUCACAAUUAUUGCCCUGUCUCCCAAGUGCCUUGACUGGUGGCAGAGAAGUCCAAUUUAUCAAGUCUACCCAAAGUCCUUCCGAGACAGUGACAAUGAUGGCUCUGGUGAUCUUAAGGGAGUCCAAGAAAAGAUAGAUCACUUUGUAUAUCUGGAUGUGAGCACUGUUUGGGUUGCUCCUUUUUACAAAUCCACGCUGAAAGACUAUCGAUAUGCUGCGGAUGACUUCCGGUCUGUUGACCCUAGUUUUGGGACCAUGACUGAUUUUGAUAACCUACUUGCUGCUCUCCAUGACAAAGGUAUAAAACUAAUCAUUGACCUAAUCCCAAAUCAUACUAGCAAUAAACACAACUGGUUCGAGUUGAGCAGAAACAGAACCGAUAAAUAUACUGACUACUAUAUUUGGCACGAUUGUGGAUUUUCCGAAGGCCUAGUUACCCCUCCCAAUAAUUGGGUGAGUGUGUAUGGUAAUUCUUCGUGGGAAUAUGACAAUGUGAGGAAGCAAUGCUAUCUACACCAGUUCCGUAAAGAGCAGCCUGACUUAAAUUUCUUCAAUCCUGACGUACAAAAUGAAAUAUUGGAUAUUAUUAAGUUCUGGCUGGAGAAAGGUGUUGAUGGUUUUACAGUGGAUGCUGCUAAGUUCCUCCUGGAAGCUGAACACCUCCGAGAUGAACCUCAGGUCAACAAAUUACAAGAUCCGGCCACAAUUAUAAACUAUGAAGAACUGUAUCAUGACUACACAACCACACAGGUUGGGAUGCACGACAUCCUGCGUGAUUUCCGGCAGACCAUGAAUACUUACAGCAGAGAGCCUGGACGUUACAGGUUCAUGGGCACAGAGUCCAAUGAUCAGAGGACAGUAAGAAGAACAAUGAUGUAUUAUGGCAACUCCUUCAUCCAGGAAGCAGAUUUUCCACUCAACUUCUACUUGUUUGACCUGAAUAGCAAUAUCUCAGGAAAUGCUGUAUUUGACCUUGUGGAUCUGUGGAUGAAAUCCAUGCCCAAAGGAAAAUGGCCGCACUGGAUGGUUGGAAGCCCCAGCAAUUCUCGUAUUGCUUCUCGAGUUGGGACAAGCUAUGUGAAGGUCAUUAAUAUGCUCCUGCUGACUCUUCCAGGCACUCCUACCACUUAUUAUGGCGAAGAACUGGGAAUGGAAGACAACCCUGCACUAAGUAACACCGCAGAUGUAUCUGGUAAACAUAAUCCAGCUGAAUUUCCAGAGAAGACACCUAUGCAAUGGGAUACAAGCUCAAAUGCUGGGUUUAGUGGUGGUAACAAAACAUGGCUGCCAGUCAACCAGGAUUAUCAAGUUACUAAUGUUGAAGUUCAAAUGACGAAGCCAGAUUCAACACUGAACUUGUAUCGGGAUAUAAUCCAGCUACGAAAGAGAGAGCUGCCCCUCCACAGGGGAUGGUUGUGUUACGCCUGGAAAGAUGCCAAUGUUUUUGCCUACGUGAGAGAAAUAGACGGGUUAAACAAAGUAUUUAUGAUGGUGCUCAAUUUUGGUAUGGCGUCAUCUGUUAAUCUAAAAAAUGAAAUCCCAGACCUUCCAGCACAGGCAAAAAUCAGGUUAAGUACAAUAGCCAGCAACAGUGGAAAUACUGUCAAUAUGGACAACAUUAGGACAGAGCAUGGAGAAGGACUAAUACUGGAGUACAAAACCAACAAACCACUUCACAAUAAGGAGGCUUUCCAGAACCAAUGCUUUAUUUCAGAAAAGGCCUGUUAUUCCAGCGCCUUUGAUUUACUGUACAACACUUGCUGAAGUUGUUGUAAGGAGCCAAGACAUUACGCACAUCAUGUUUUUGGCCUAUGUCAGACAUACUGUAUACAGCGACCUGUUCAUAGGCUUCUGUUUGCAAAUAUGUGUGGUUUUGACCUAUGGGUGCCAGAUAAACAUAUGGCACAAACAUGCUGAGUGCCACAUAAAAAAUAAAUAUUCAUACACCUAUCCAAUAAAGGAAAAAUACAAAU